CUCGGGCUGCUGAUUUGCUGGUGAAUCCUUUGGAUCCGAGGAACGCCGAUAAAAUUAGAGUUAAAAUUGCCGAUCUGGGGAAUGCCUGCUGGGUGCAUAAACACUUUACGGAAGAUAUCCAGACCCGACAGUAUAGAUCGAUUGAAGUUUUAAUAGGAGCAGGUUACAGUACACCCGCUGAUAUCUGGAGUACAGCAUGUAUGGCCUUUGAGUUGGCAACCGGAGACUAUCUGUUCGAACCGCAUUCUGGCGAGGACUAUUCGAGAGACGAAGACCACAUAGCACACAUCAUAGAGCUUCUCGGGAAUAUCCCAAGGCACUUUGCUCUCUCUGGAAAAUAUUCUCGGGAAUUCUUCAACCGCAGAGAUCACAUAGCAUUGAUCAUUGAACUGCUGGGAAAAGUCCCUCGAAAAUACGCAAUGUUGGGGAAAUAUUCCAAGGAGUUUUUCACCAAAAAAGGAGAACUUCGGCACAUUACCAAACUGAAACCCUGGAGCCUGUUUGACGUCCUGGUGGAGAAAUACGGCUGGCCGCAAGAAGACGCGGCCGAGUUUACCGAUUUCCUGAUCCCCAUGUUGGAAAUGGUUCCGGAAAAGCGAGCCUCGGCUGGCGAAUGUCUUCGGCACCCUUGGCUGAAUUCGUAGCAGCGGCCUCGGGUCGAACACGUCGGGCCAGGCGCCUCCCCCCCUUCCACCGCCACUUUCUCGCGCAUCAAACCUAAAAACGGUGACUGUCAUAAAUGCUCUUAAGAGAAUGGU